AAGCAUAGCUAUUCUACACUUUCUCAAUACCUUCACAUCUUCAUUGUUAUCCUUCAAUUGAGCCUCAGGCCACCAUCUAGACAGCUACCCAUCCCAGUGACGUCAUCACCUGUCAUCGCAACACCUACUUUACUACAGCUCUCUCCCACCUCAUCACUCUUCCAACCUCCAACUCCUCAAUCAACACCUCUCAAUUCCCCCCUACACACUCAAUAACUCAAUAAACCAACAAUCAUGGCUCGUGGCAGCGAAUCCGUCUCCAAGGUCAUCUACAAGGGCUCCACGGACGACUUCAUCGUCUUCGUCGACGACCAGGAGAUCCUCAAGCAGUGGCGCAACGACAAGUCCAUCCCGCUUGCUCAGGUCGUGAACGGAUGGAAGAUUUUCGUUACUCAUAAGCAAGGAACGCAGGGUAUCCUCGACGGAGCCAGCAACGGCAGCCUCGAGAGCGAGUUCGGGACGUCCAAGGAGGAGGACUGUGUUGCUCAGAUCCUGCAGAAGGGAGAUUAUCAGACGACGGCUCAGGUGCAUGGGCGACCGGGCGAGACCAACAUGAGCAAGGGACCUCAGAUCAACCACUAGGUUGAAUUUGAAUCUUUGUGCCCUUCCUCUCUACGGAUGGUCGAAUGAUCGGGUCGGGCAUGACUGGUCCAUUGAAUCAUGAAUGGGUGUCUUUUGUUUUUUUUUUUUUUUUAUGAGCGAAUGGGUUUGGGAUAAACCUUACGGAUACGAUACGAGUAUGCGUUAUGUUAUGAAUUGCUGGGGAGUUCGUUGGUUGUGUUGAGAGGACAGCGGACUUGCUUAGCUGCAUAUGGAUAAAC